AUGGGGGACAAAUUAGAGGAGGGGCAGAGGAGACGGAGUAGCGGUGGAGGAGCAGAGAAGGAGGAGGAGGAGGAGGAGGAGGAGGAGGAGGAGGAGGAGGAGGAGGAGGAGGAGGAGGAGGAGGAGGAGGAGGAGGAGGAGGAGGAGGAGGAGGAGGAGGAGGAGGAGGAUUUGACAGUGAGGAGCAACGACUGGCUGAACGAGCACAGUAGAGAUGGAAGUGAGUCGUCAUGGAUGUUGAAGUAA